AGCAGCAGCUCAGAGGAGGACGACAGGAAACGUAGAAAGAACCGAAAGGGAAAGAAGGAUCACAAUAGACACUUUCAUCGGCAUAGGCGACAAGUACAAACUGCGAAGACCACUGAGCGAACGCUUCGUGUUGUCAUGCACCUCAAAAGGAAUGGCAACCGACAGCAGUGGAACCGUGUCCUUGUGCUCUUCUUGCUGGAUGUGGAGACGUUUGCCAGAUAACUAUGCCCCACAGUACAUCAACGAACUCGUUUGUGAUACCUCCGACAGCAGCUGUCUCAGCGGUGAGUAA